CUUCCUAUGCAAACAAAAUUCAGGAUUCAAAAGAGAACAGAAUAAGGGCCGUCACUCUAUAGUGGAAAUUUUCAAAGCCUUUUUUUGCUCUUGAAAUCAUGGCGUCACUCCAUCUCAGCAAAAAUGGAGAUUUUACCAGUAAUUUGAGAGAUUUAAUGUGGCAGAAACAAGAGAAUAGAGUCACUGGAGUUGAAGAAACCCUAGAUCGUAUCAAUCAGUUGCCUGACGCACUCCUCGUACAAAUUCUCUCUCCUUUACCGACGAGAGAUGCCGUCGCAUCAUCUGUUCUCUCUAGAAGGUGGCGUUAUCUCUGGAAUUCAAUUGAUAAUUUCCAUUUCGUUGUUAGAAAUGACGACAAAGCUGAAAACUUCAUAUCCUUUGAGGACCACGUUUUAGCUCAUUGCACUUGUCCCAAAAUCAGAAAAUUCAAACUCGAUUUAAAUGACAUGUGUAGGCUAGUAAAUGUCUCCUCUUUGGUUACUGCCAGCCUAACUUUUGACAUUUGCUGUAUUGCUGAUGACUCUGAAGAAGACGAUAUUGAGGAAGAAAGUUGUCGUGAUUAUCAUCAAGUUUUCAGAAACCUUGUUCUGGACUAUCUUCAAAAGUUGAGUUAUGCGAUUGAGCUAACAAUUGGAAGUUGGUUAGCAGAGGUUGUGUUCAUGUUGCAACUCGAAGGAGUGGCGCUUCCAGAAUUGAGAUGCAAGUGUCUAACGCUAAAAUUGCAGGUAUCAAAGCAUACUUUGUAUGGAAUAACUAGCCUUUUGGAAGCCUCGCCUCUUUUGGAGACACUCAACAUUCACAUGGAAUAUGAGGCUCAAGAAAGGAAAAGGAUUGUUGACCAACUGAACCUCUUUUUGCUUUUAUCUACUGCUUGAGUAUUUCGGAUAGGUCUCAACUAUUGUAAUCAGUUGCUGAGCACUGUUCAAGAUUCGUGGGUUUUUAAAAUUGCUCUAUAUCAUACACUACUGUGAAAUCAUUUCAUUUUGUCUUCUGUGGAAUAAUCCCACUAGGCCGUAGACCAGCAUUGGAUCCUGAUUCUAUUCUCUGUUCCAGUUUGUUUAAGAGCACUGCCAACUUGAGCUAAGCUAUUUGGCCGAGGGAGAUAAUACCAAUUUGCUGUGUUGGAUUCCAAACAUUGUGUUUUCCAGUCUCAAGAAUAUUAAGAUUGUCGACUGCAUACGGAGAUGUGAGUGGGCCAAAUGUUCGAAGGAGUGGUCUGAAGGGGGCUUUGAUAAGCUUAUUGAACUUUCAAAGUUUCUAUUAAAGAAUGCAGUGGUUUUAAAGACGUUUGUUAUAGUAGCAAAGAGAAGAAAAUGUCGAAAAUGUUCAGAGAGCUGUGCCUCCCAAUUUUUAACACGAUUGGCUAAGAAAUUGUUAGACAGCCCAAGAUCAUCUAAGAAUUUUGUGAUUACUUACCAAGAGUAUGCUGUGGAUGACUAGACUGCAAGCGGUUUUAUUUCAGCAUACUAAAAAUGUCACCUUAUAUUGUAGCUUUGGAUUUACUGCAGAUGUAAUUUUGAACUUGUGGCAUACCAAUUACCAAAUAUGAGGGAUGCUUGGUUUCUCAUGAAGCCUUGGUUUGUUUCACUCUAGACAUUGCAUAUGUGCUUGGAAUCUUCUUGCAACUUUUGUUUCACUUUAAGCUUCAA